UACACCUAUUGGCAACGGGUCUGCUCAACAGGAUGCUAUUGAGGAGAACAGCAGGUGUGUGUUUCCGCUGCAGCUCCUUAUUGCACAUGAUUUCCAUCCGCUGUAUCAACUAGCGUUGUGAUCAAAGUGGGGAUGGUUGGUGACUCUCAGAUCGGGAAGACCAGUCUGAUGGUGAAGUACGUGGAAGGGAGUUUUGACGAGGAUUACAUCCAGACGCUCGGCGUCAACUUCAUGGAGAAAACGAUUUCGGUCAGACGAACGACGAUCACAUUCUCGAUUUGGGAUCUUGGAGGGCAGCGCGAAUUCGUCAACAUGCUGCCGUUGGUCUGCAAUGAUGCAGUCGCCAUAUUAUUCAUGUUCGAUUUGUCGCGAAAGUCAACGCUGAACUCGGUCAAGGAAUGGUACCGCCAGGCGCGCGGUUUCAAUAAGACUGCUAUCCCAUUUCUGAUCGGCACCAAGUUUGACACAUUUGCUACCUUCCCGCGGGACGAACAGGAGGAGAUCACUAAGCAAGCCAAGCGCUUUGCGAAGGCGAUGCACGCAUCGUUGAUUUUCUGCUCCACAUCGGCAUCUAUCAACGUACAGAAGAUAUUCAAGAUCGUCCUAGCGAAAGCGUUCGACUUGAAGUGCGUCAUCCCUGAGAUAGACAGCACGGGGGAGCCAAUACUGUUAUAUGUCGAUGUGUGAUAGAUCACCACGAGAUUAUCCCUCCCCUUUGCCACCGCGCAUUGCGUCUCUUUUAAUCCCCGUCCUUCAUCUCCCGCUCCUGCAUAGUCCAGAUCCAGAUCCAGUUCUCAGCAUCGAUCUCCGUUCCAAUGUUCAUCUACUC